CGCCUGCUCCGGGCCUCCGCUGCUGAGCGCGAGGAGCCCGGGAGCGCGUGCGUGCGCGCGAGCCCCCAGUGCCAGUGCAGCAGCGGCGGCGGCGGCGGCGGCCGCCUCUUGUUUACCAGCAUUAACUCUGCACCGUGCGCGCGAGGAGGAACGGCGAGAGGGGGAGACCUAGCAGCAGCGCGGUGCAAGCCCUCCUGCAAAGAACAGCGACAGACUUAAAUACAGAGCAGCAGCAGGGCCUCCCCGUCCAGCCUCCCCCCUUGGAGGAAUUACGGACCCCUUUGCAACAAGCUCCUGGGCUUUGACCUUCAGCAAACCGGACCCCCCCCCCUUCCCACUACGACCCUCCCCUCCACCCCCGCACACUCCCCCUGGCGUGGGUUGGACAAGAAGCGGGGAAGGUUUGCAGCGCGCACGCAGGCACAAGAUUCAGUUGUGUUUGGAUUUUUUGUGCCAUGGAAAAGCAGCCGCUAGCAGGGAUGCGAGGAGGCGAGCAGCAGCAAGAGGAGGAGGAGAAGUGCUGAGCUGCUCAGCUCUCCCUGCUGCCGCUUUGUGUGUGUCCUGGAUUUUUUUUUUUUUUGGGGGAAGGAGCCGGUGGCAGCAGCGCUGAGACGAGGAAGAGGGGGAAGCCUUUUCAUUCAUUUUUAUUCCGCAUUUGUAGGGUCUUCAGCCACCUGGACUUACUGUUUGUUUGUUUUUUUUUACUGUGGGGGAAGCUUGAAGGGGGGAAUCCCUUUGGAGCAGCCUCAGGUCUCUGCUUAGGGGAAUAAUCUCCAGUCUCGGGAAGCUGUAUUUCCUCCUCCCUCAUAAGAUUGCUUUGGAUCCCCCCCCUUUCCCAUCCAGUUUUUUUUUUGCGUGUGUUUGCUGCGCCUGUGUGGUGUUUGAAAAUGGAGGCUGAAGAUACAGACUGCCAGCCCCAAUGUGCUUCAUGUUUGCGACUUCUGUGCACAUUGUAUCACUGCAGGCAGCGCUGAGGGGGAGUGUUGCUUCGCCCUUUCUAGGGGAGCCCCAACCCAGCAUUUUCAUUGUUGUCUGUGGGUGGCUUCUCCGGAAGAACAGCAGCUAGGGAAAUAGAAACCUUUUAAUUUUCAAACCCAAAGGGGUGGUUUUUGUGUGCGCGUGUGGGAGGAGGAGGUUAUUUUCCAAUCCCUCCCUAGGUCUCCCCCCACCCUCCCAAUUUAUAGUUUUUCUGUGUGAGUGGAGGGGGGGAAAUUUGGACUUUUUUUUUGGGAAAGGGGGAUUUUGUCCGUAAUUUAAAAAAAAGAGGAAUGAAGUCUGGCGCUGGAGGAGGGUCCCUGACCUUAUUCUGGGGGUUUCUGCUCUUCUUUGCCACACUUUGUCUGUGGCCAACAAAUGGAGAAAUUUGUGGGCCAAAUGUCGACAUUCGCAAUGAUAUCCAUGAGCUGAAGCGCUUAGAGAACUGCACGGUAAUUGAGGGUUUCCUCCAGAUUCUGCUGAUCUCCAAGGCAGAGGACUACCGCAACUUCCGCUUCCCAAAGCUCACAGUUAUCACCGACUACUUGCUGCUGUUCCGCGUGGCAGGCUUAGAGAGCCUCAGCGAUCUCUUUCCCAACCUCACAGUCAUUCGCGGGAGGAACCUCUUCUACAACUAUGCCCUGGUUAUCUUUGAGAUGACUAACCUCAAAGAAAUUGGGCUUUACAAUCUGAGGAACAUCACCCGUGGGGCCAUCCGGAUCGAGAAAAACUCUGACCUGUGUUACCUCUCCACGGUGGACUGGUCUCUGAUACUAGAUGCAGUGUCCAACAACUACAUAGUUGGGAAUAAACCUCCAAAGGAGUGCGGGGACUUGUGUCCAGGGACGAUGGAAGAGAAGCCAUUGUGUGAGAAGACCUCCAUUAACAAUGAGUACAACUACCGCUGCUGGACCACCAACCACUGCCAGAAAAUGUGCCCCAGCGCUUGUGGCAAACGGGCUUGCACAGACCAAAACGAAUGUUGCCAUCCCGAGUGCUUGGGGAGCUGCACUGUGCCCGACAACAACACGGCUUGUGUGGCCUGUCGCAACUACUACUACGAAGGAAUCUGCGUACCCACCUGCCCACCAAACACAUACAAGUUUGAAGGCUGGCGCUGUGUUACAAAAGACUUCUGUUCCAAAGUCCCUGCUACAGAGAUAAGUGACUAUGAGAAGUUUGUGAUCCACAACGACGAGUGCAUGGCAGAGUGCCCUUCUGGUUUCAUACGCAACGGGAGCCAAAGCAUGUUCUGCAGCCCCUGCGAAGGGCCUUGCCCAAAAAUCUGUGAGGAAGAGAAAACAAAGACCAUUGAUUCUGUCACAUCAGCACAAAUGUUGCAGGGAUGCACCGUCCUCAAGGGGAAUCUGCUUAUUAACAUCCGCCGUGGAAACAAUAUUGCUUCUGAGCUGGAGAAUUUUAUGGGUCUGAUAGAAACAGUAACUGGGUAUGUGAAGAUCCGCCAUUCCCAUGCACUAGUCUCCCUCUCUUUCUUGAAGAAUCUGCGAUAUAUUUUGGGAGAGGAACAGUUGGACGGGAAUUAUUCUUUCUAUGUGCUGGACAACCAGAAUCUGCAACAACUGUGGGACUGGAACCACCACAACCUGACGAUCAAAGAGGGGAAAAUGUACUUUGCAUUUAAUCCCAAACUGUGUGUGUCUGAGAUUUACCGCAUGGAGGACGUGUCGGGAACCAAGGGACGGCAGAGUAAAGGAGAUAUAAAUCCAAGAAACAAUGGGGAGAGAGCCUCUUGCGAAAGCCACAUUCUGAAUUUUGUCUCCAACACCACCCUGAAGAACCGGAUUAAGCUCACCUGGGAGCGGUAUCGCCCUCCGGAUUACAGAGAUCUUAUUAGCUUCACUGUUUACUACAAAGAGGCACCAUUCAAGAAUGUGACAGAGUAUGAUGGGCAAGAUGCUUGUGGUUCUAAUAGCUGGAACAUGGUGGAUGUUGAUCUGCCCCCAAACAAAGAGAACAACCCUGGGAUUUUACUGCAGGGACUGAAACCUUGGACUCAAUAUGCCAUUUAUGUCAAGGCUGUUACUCUCACAAUGAUGGAGAAUCAUCACAUCCAUGGAGCAAAGAGUGAAAUAGUCUAUAUACGCACCAAUGCUGCAGUACCAUCUAUCCCACUGGAUGUUAUUUCAGCAUCUAAUGCCUCCUCUCAGCUAAUAGUGAAAUGGAAUCCACCCUCUCUCCCCAAUGGCAACCUGUCCUACUAUAUUGUACGGUGGCAGCAGCAGCCUCAGGACAGUUAUCUUUACCGACAUAACUACUGCUCCAAAGAUAAAGUCCCAAUUCGGAGAUAUGCUGAUGGGACCAUUGAUACAGAAGAAGCUACCGAACCCACCAAGCCAGAAGGGAGUGGGGGAGAAAAAGGACCUUGCUGUGCUUGCCCCAAGACAGAGGCAGAGAAGCAAGCUGAGAAGGAGGAGGCAGAGUACCGGAAAGUCUUUGAGAACUUCCUCCAUAACUCCAUCUUUGUGCCCAGACCGGACCGGAAGCGCAGGGAUGUGUUCCGAAUCGCAAACACCACUCUUGCCAGUAGGAACAAGAACACAACGGUGCCAGAUCACUUCGCCAAUGUGUCUGAUGUGGAGGAGAGCGAGAUGGAAUAUCCAUUCUAUGAGAGCAAAGUGGAGGGCCGGGAAAGGACGCUCAUCUCCCACCUCCAGCCUUUUACUCUUUACCGUAUUGAUAUUCACAGCUGCAACCAUGAAGCAGAGACACUUGGGUGCAGUGCUUCCAACUUUGUCUUUGCAAGAACCAUGCCUGCAGAAGGAGCAGAUAACAUUCCAGGAACAGUAACGUGGGAAGGCAAAGAAGAUAAUGCCAUCUAUCUGAAGUGGUCAGAACCUGUAAGCCCUAAUGGAUUGAUACUGAUGUAUGAAAUCAAAUAUGGGCAGCACGGAGAGGAGAAACGGGAAUGUGUUUCUAGACAGGAAUACAGGAAGUUUGGAGGAGCCAAACUAACUCAUCUAAACCCUGGAAACUAUUCUGCCAGAGUUCAGGCCACCUCUCUAGCUGGAAAUGGAUCAUGGACUGAACCAGUGUCUUUCUAUGUACAACCCAAACCGGCAGACUAUGGGAAUUUCCUGCACUUGAUAAUUGUGCUCCCCAUUGCGGUGCUGCUAAUCGUUGGAGGUUUGCUAAUAAUGCUGUACGUCUUUAACAAAAAGAGGAACAGUGACCGACUAGGCAAUGGAGUGCUUUAUGCUUCUGUGAACCCUGAGUACUUCAGUGCUUCUGAUGUGUAUGUUCCGGAUGAGUGGGAAGUGCCCCGUGAGAAGAUCACCAUGUGCCGGGAGCUUGGGCAGGGCUCUUUUGGAAUGGUUUACGAGGGAAUAGCUAAGGGAGUGGUGAAGGACGAGCCAGAAACUAGAGUGGCCAUCAAAACUGUCAAUGAGUCUGCAAGCAUGCGUGAACGGAUAGAGUUCUUAAACGAGGCCUCAGUCAUGAAGGAGUUCAAUUGUCAUCAUGUGGUGCGGCUGCUUGGAGUCGUCUCUCAAGGCCAACCAACACUGGUUAUCAUGGAGCUCAUGACACGCGGGGAUCUCAAGAGUUACCUGAGAUCUCUGCGGCCAGACACAGAGAAUAACCCAGGCCAGUCUCCUCCAACUCUGAAGAAGAUGAUUCAGAUGGCAGGAGAGAUUGCUGACGGCAUGGCAUACCUCAACGCCAACAAAUUUGUGCACAGGGAUCUCGCUGCAAGGAAUUGCAUGGUGGCUGAAGACUUCACUGUAAAAAUUGGAGAUUUUGGCAUGACCAGAGAUAUCUACGAGACAGAUUACUAUCGGAAAGGAGGGAAAGGUUUGCUUCCUGUGCGCUGGAUGUCCCCAGAGUCACUGAAGGAUGGAGUCUUCACAACACAUUCAGACGUCUGGUCCUUUGGUGUUGUCCUUUGGGAAAUUGCAACAUUAGCAGAGCAGCCAUACCAAGGCAUGUCCAACGAGCAAGUUCUUCGCUUCGUGAUGGAGGGAGGCUUAUUGGAGAAACCAGACAACUGUCCUGAUAUGCUGUUUGAGUUGAUGCGGAUGUGCUGGCAGUACAACCCCAAGAUGAGGCCCUCCUUCCUGGAAAUAAUCGGUAGCAUUAAGGAUGAGCUGGAUCCAGCAUUCAAAGAGGUCUCCUUCUUCUACAGCGAAGAGAACAAGCCUCCAGACACCGAGGAACUCGAUCUGGAGACUGAAAACAUGGAGAGCAUUCCUUUAGAUCCCUCCUCCACCCUCCAACCCACUGACAAGCACUCAGGACACAAAGCUGAGAACGGCCCAGGCGUGGUGGUGCUGCGGGCCAGCUUUGAGGAGAGACAGCCGUACGCGCAUAUGAAUGGAGGGCGCAAGAACGAACGGGCCUUACCUUUGCCCCAGUCUUCGGCCUGCUGAUCCUUAAAACCCAGAAUCUCACAAACACACACACGUUGGGGGAAGAAAGAAAGAAAAAAGAAAAUAUAUUCAAAAGCCUACUGUACCUCAGUGGAUCUUCAGAACUGCCAUAGCUGCACACGGGAGAAUCCUCUUUUCAGUAAACACAUUAGUUUUUUCUUUGUUCAAUAUGCAAGCAGGUGUUUAUUUCAGUAAAGGACUCUGUUCAGUGAGGCGCACAGUCAGCCUUUUAAAACUCUAAUGUUAACACUUAAUAGCAACAGAAAACUUGAGAUCUGAUGUGUCUCUCUUCUUUCUCUCUCUCUCUCUCUCUCUGCUUCAUAAUGGGAAACAUAUCUGCGUGCAAGUUCAACCAUACAGCACUUUUAUCAGAUCAAAGAAAUUGCAGGCCAGGUGGCUCCCCGUUAGCCCUUGAAACACCUGCUUAACACUGUAGGUCUUUAUAAAACCAGAAUUGGAAGGGGGGAAAAAAAAGACUGGAUUUUUAAUGUUACUCUAACCUUUUUAGGAACAUGUUAAAGAAUUAAAGUAGGGGCAUCAUUCGUCCAAGGUUGAUACCAUUUUCAGCGCUGCCAAAUUUUGCCAAAAAAAAAACACCUGAACUUUUUUGGGGUGGUGGUUUUGUUUGAUGGGGGGUGGGGUGGGAGGUUGUUUGUUUUUGUAGGCUUGGAAGGAGCACAGUAAUCAACUGCUCCAUUUAAAAGAGAUACUGACCAAUACACUCCAUUCAAUCAUACACCAGUAUUUUAAAAAAAUCAGAUUGUCUAGAUCUUUUUGUAAACUGGACAAAACGUGAUUUGUUUUCUCGUGAUGGAGAGGAAAGGGGGGGGCGGGGUUUAGAAACAGCCCUCCUUCCACCCGCUCUCCCCCACCAAGAAUUCUGGACAAAACUGGCAGUGGUGAGCCAAAUAUCACACACACAUUCUCUCUCUCUCUCUCUUUCUCUUUCUCUCUCUCUGUCACACUCUUAUAUAUAUUUUGUGCAAAAAGUCGACGGCACGCCAAAAACAGCAAACCAGCCUGAAAUGAACCAGAAGGAAUCUCCAUCGUUGCAGCCUGCCCUCCUUCUCAGGCUUGCAGGAAAACACAUGUCGAAACAAAAAUUGGAGAAAACAAAAAGCGGUAACAUUCAAGCAUAUGACGCUUUGUUGACCUUUUUUCUCUGUUAUUAAGACUUCUCAAAGGUCUUGCAGUUCUAUGUUAGACCAUGGAUCAUUUGCAUACACAUUGUCUUUUGUGUCACUUUUAUAACUUUUUUACGGUUCAGAUACUCAUCUAUAUGUCUGUACAGAAAAAAGCUGCUAUUUUUUUUGUUCUUUAUCUUUGUGGAUUUAAUCUAUGAAAACCUUCAGGUUUGCCCUCCUUCCCUUCCCCCUACUCCAACAAAUUUCUUAUGCUUUGUACUAUAGUGUGUAACUUUUACUUCCUUCUUCCUAGUAACUGAUCCCUGUAACAUGAUUUGCCAUGAACUGUUUAAUGCCUUUUUAUAAAUACAUUUCCUCCUUUUUUUUCCCCCCAUUAGUUGUUUUACAACAUCUUGGCUGUGUGGGAUACAGAGCUUUUGAAGGGACUCGGGGGAGAAGGGGUACACAGCCAGCACGACUCCAGUGGUCUGUGGUAGUGGUGGUUAUAACUCUAUCCUCCCUCCCUCCGCUAACCUCUGCCCAUGCAGUACGUGAGUCUGUUACAGUGCAAGGCACGAUACAAACUCAGGUCAGAAAAAAAAGGUUACAUAUUGAGUACGUUCUUGUUCAGUGUUCAUAUUCAUCCUUGUACAAGAGUCAGCCCCCCUCCUUCCCUUGCCUUUUGUUUUGGUUGUGACACACGCAUAUAUAUAUAUUUUUUUAAUUGUUGGGUACAACAGCGGACACCAGGCGCUUGGGUCUCUAUUUUUUAAAAUGAAUAUUUCAACCCUUCCAUCCCAUGAACAACAGCUGCGUUUAGUCUACAUCGGUUGAGCUGUCGGUGCCAGGCGUUUGGAUGUAGAUGGCCAUUCAACGCUCUGAUCUAGCAGACAAGGCCAGUCUGGGCUGAACCUUGUUCAAGAUCCCCCGAUUUGCCAGCAGCCUCGAUGAUAGCAUGCUGUGGAGAUCAGGCAGGGAGGAUGAGUGUGCUCUCAAGUGGGCCGGGGCCACCAGAUUUGCUAGCAAACAAUUCAAUGCAGCAGCUAUGGAAACCUGUACAAAUACAAGCUUGUUGCUCAGACCAUAGACCAAACCUCAGCACAAAAGCGAAAUAGUAGCUUGCUUGUUCGGCAGAGGAAGCUUUAUAAUGUGGAGGGCAAGGAGGCAGGGUUUAAGGAGGGUGUGGUGGGGGCCAUGAUGCAAGUCUAAAACAGAGGAGCCAUAAUCGGUGCUCAUCUGAAGUUAGUUAUAGCAUCUAACCCCUUGGUUAGCACUGAUCCAACCAAAUGAUGGCAGUAAAGAGGUUGUUCUGGGAUGGAAAUGUUCAAUUUUUUUGAUUAAGAACAAAGAAUUAAAAUAUACUGAUUGCUCGUUGUGACUGGAGAUUUAAAAAAAAAUGUUUGUAGUGCUUUUUGCUUGUGUAGUUUCUAGGUCCCACUAUCUUCUCUUGCCUCUGUCCCAUAGUUAUUUUUCCCUUUAAAGAAAAGACAAAAAAAAAAGUUAAUUAAGAAGGUAUUCUAUGUAGGAUUUUUUUAUUUAUUUUUGUGAUAUCAGUUUAAAUCACUGUAGAGAUGCCCCAUAAUACAUUUAAAUACUGAGAUAAGGGUUUUCAAGUAUGACAGGGGGACAGUUUUUGAUUUUUUUCAAACAUUUAUCUACCUCACUCUUAUUUUUUUAUAUGUGUAUAUAUAAAAAAAAUACAUCUCACGUUUCUCAGCAGCCGAUAGAAAUGCCGUUGAUACUGGUAACUCCUCACUCACUCUACAAACCACAUACUCUAGGUUUUGGAGAGAAGCGGUAGCUACUUUUCCCAAAGGGUCACUUCGGAGGGUUGUUCUUACGUUAUUUUAUAGCCGUUUGCCCUUUUCUUGGUAGUAUUUUUAAUGGGGAGGGGGGAGGAGACACACCUGAGAAUCGUUUGACUUAAGACCACCAUUCUUUAAGGAGUCUCAGAAGCUGUGAAAUGCACUGUCAUUGCAGUCAUAGCGCAGAAAACCAUUGUGUUCUGCUGAUUUGGGACAGAGCUGACCGCUGUAAGGGGAUUGAAUAUUUGAUCAAAUUCAUUAUGGAAGCCAAUUGUUUACAAUAUUUGAAGGUGUAGGGUUGUUAAAAUGAAAUAAACGGCCUUUCUGUUAA